AUGAGAUUUUCAAUCACACUACCAUUUAUAGAUAAACUAGAGUCUUAUUUCGACAAUAGGUCUGUUCCCUGGAAGUUAAUCAUUGUGGGGUUCACAGUUGCACAGUUUGGAUUUGAAAGCUAUCUUUCAUAUAGACAGUACAAGAAAUUAGCUGAGAAGGCGUUUCCUAGUCUGUAUAAGGACGAGAUAGACCAAGCAACGCUUGAGAAAUCUGCUGCUUAUUCUCGUGCCAAUAUCAAAUUUACUAUAUUUUCUGAUGCAAUCUCAUUAGCGACAAAUUUAAUUGUUAUACACUAUGAUUUAUUCCCUCGCCUCUGGAACUGGGCUACUGCAUUUGGUGCAGCUAUGCCAUCAAUGUUAGCACCAUCGUCCAUUAUUGGUGUAUCAUUGUACUUUUUCAUCAUGGUUUCAGCCACUACCGCAGUGAUGGGUUUACCGUUGGAUUAUUAUAAAACUUUUGUACUAGAGGAAAAAUUCGGUUUUAAUAAGAGCACUCUGAAGCUUUGGUGGUUCGAUUUCUUUAAGUCUACUGGCUUGUUGCUGGUUUUAGGAACUCCAGUUGUUUACGGCCUCCUAAAGAUCAUUGAAACAUUUUCAAGUAACUUUGUUGACUAUGUGUGUCUUUUUAUCUUUGUCCUUCAAUUGUUGGCAUUUACCUUAGUUCCUACCUACAUUAUGCCUUUGUUCAACAAAUUCUCUCCCUUGGAAGAUGGUGAAUUGAAAACGUCUAUUCAGAAAUUGGCCGAUAGCGUCCAAUUUCCAUUAGAUAAAGUUCUAGUUGUUGAUGGUUCCAAAAGAUCUACACAUUCCAAUGCCUACUUUACUGGCUUGCCAUUCACAAGUAAGAGAAUUGUUCUUUUUGACACUUUGAUUAAAAGUACAACCACCAAGGAAUUGAAUGCAAUUCUUGGACACGAAAUAGGCCACUGGAAGCUAAACCACAUUCUCUACAGGUUAGUAUUUUCGCAACUGAACAUCCUUGCUACGAUGACCAUGUUCCGUGUUGUAUACCGAAACAAGUCUUUGUAUCAGGCUUUUGGGUUUGUCGUUGGUAGGACUACUUCUUUAACUCCUACUAGAGUCCUUUUGCCUGCUUUCCCAACAUUGAUCGGAUUUUUAUUGUUUGGUGAUCUCUUCAGACCAGUGAACUGUUUGUUGCAGUUUAUUUCGAGCUUAAUUUCCCGUACUGAUGAGUACGCCGCCGAUCAAUUUUCCAAGAAUCUAGGGUAUUCUGAUGAUUUAUGUAAAGCAUUGAUAAUUUUAUGCAAGGAAAAUCUCAGUUCCCCCAACGUGGAUUCAUGGUAUUCCGCUUACCAUUACUCGCAUCCUACGCUUCCAGAAAGGUUGGCAGCAUUAGGCUACAAGCAAGAUGUUAAAAAGGAUUAA